GAACGGGCGGCGCUGCCUGCCCAGCCGUUUCCUGCCCGGGACACGGCGGAGCGGAGCGGAGCGGACAGCAGCCCAGCGGAGCCAUGACUCACCAGACCGGCAUCCACGCCACCACAGAAUUAAGGGACUUUUUUGCCAAAGCCCGAAAUGGUUCAGUUCGGCUCAUCAAGGUCGUCAUUGAGGACGAGCAGCUCGUGCUGGGAGCCCACAAAGAGCUGUCCCGGCGCUGGGACGCUGACUAUGACCCCUUUGUGCUGCCCUUGCUGGAUGAGCAGCAGCCCUGCUAUGUCCUGUACCGCCUGGACAGCCAGAACGCCCAGGGCUACGAGUGGCUCUUCAUCUCCUGGUCCCCUGACAGCUCCCCGGUCCGGCUGAAGAUGCUGUAUGCCGCCACCAGAGCCACGGUGAAGAAGGAAUUUGGAGGGGGGCACAUAAAGGACGAGAUGUUUGGCACAGUGAAGGAGGACGUGUCCCUGAGUGGUUACCAGAAGCACGUGUCCUCCUGCUCUGCCCCAGCCCCACUGACUGCAGCCGAGCAGGAGCUCCAGCAGAUCCGCAUCAACGAGGUGAAGACGGAGAUAAGUGUGGAGAGCAAGCACCAGACACUGCAGGGCCUGGCCUUCCCCCUGCAGCUGGAUGCCCAGCAAGCCAUCCAGGCUCUCAAGCAGAAGAAAAUCAACUACAUCCAGCUGAAGCUGGAUCUGGAGCGGGAGACCAUCGACCUGGUGCACACGAGCCCCACGGAGAUCUCUGACCUGCCCAAAAGGAUCCCCCAGGACUCUGCUCGCUACCAUUUCUUCCUGUACAAGCACUCACAUGAGGGAGAUUACCUGGAGUCUGUUGUCUUUAUCUACUCCAUGCCUGGCUACAAGUGCAGCAUUAAGGAGCGCAUGCUCUACUCCAGCUGCAAGAGCCGGUUGCUGGACACUGUGGAGAGGAGUCUCUGCCUGGAGAUAGCCAAGAAGAUCGAGAUCGACGACGGCGCGGAGCUGACGGCAGAGUUCCUGUACGAGGAGGUGCACCCCAAGCAGCACGCCUUCAAGCAGGCCUUCGCCAAGCCCAAGGGGCCCGUGGGCAAGCGGGGACAGAAGCGGCUGAUCAAGGGUGCCGGGCGAGAACGGCGAGGACAGUUAGAUCCUGCGGGGCGGCGCUGAACGGACACCAUCCCACCCCUGCGGCCUUCCCGCCUUCCUCUCCGCUGACCUGGGGAUCUUUCCCUCCAUCUCAGCCGGGUUUUUUUUUGGUUGUUUUUUUACCUUUUUUUUUCUCCUGUUUCAUUCCUUUUUUAAACAUCUGGAUGGCUUGUUGCA